GAGAGUCAAGCGAGAGUUACAGGAGGCUGAGCAUAUAAGGCCAGGCCAUCCAGUCCGUCUGGCACUGCUUGAAUCCCCUUGAAGUCAAGAUCACAACAAUCCACGACCAUCAAUCAAAAUGUAUGCCGCCGCUCUCAUUUCCGCGCUGGUUGCCUCGGCCGUUGCUCAGUCCUCUACUCUCUGCUCUCAAUACGCUUCUGCGACCAGUGGUCCAUACAGCGUCAACAACAAUGCCUGGGGCUCGAGCUACGCCUCUUCUGGCUCCCAAUGCACCUACGUAGACAGCCUUUCAAGCUCCGGUGCUGCCUGGCACUCAACUUGGACUUGGGCAGGAGCCAACACUCAGGUAAAGAGCUAUCCCAACUCCGGCUUCACUUUCACGAAGAAACUUGUCAGCCAGGUCAACAGCAUCCCUACAACCGCGACAUGGAAGUACUCAACCACGAGCAUUAAUGCUGAUGUUGCCUACGACCUCUUCACCGCUGCUGAUAUCAACCAUGUUACCUACAGCGGCGACUACGAGUUGAUGAUCUGGCUUGGCAGGUACGGCAGCAUUCAACCCAUCGGCUCCCAGAUUGCAACGACCACCAUUGGCGGCACGUCUUGGGCGGUCUGGUUCGGUGGCAGCUCGCAAAAGACGUACAGCUUCGUGGCGUCGAGCCCAAUAACUUCCUUCAGCGGUGACAUCAAGCCGUUCUUCACCUAUCUUACCAAUAGCCAAGGAUUCCCGGCAAGCAGUCAAUACCUGAUUGACCUUCAAUUCGGCACGGAACCCUUCACUUCCACAGGCUCAGCUACGUUUACGGUUAGCAAGUGGACGGCAGCGGUCAACUGAUGUGGCCCAGAUCGUACAUCCUUGUGAUUGGAGGUUCCAGAAGAUUGUCGGUGGGUGAGAUGGACCUUGCUUUAUUGUCACUCCUUCAGCGCUGCUUUGAGUUCACGGUUGCCCAAAAAGAUUGGCUUCGGCUUUGCGAGCUUGCGAGAAAGCCUUCCAUACCAUCUCAGAACCUUCAUAUCUCUUGACUGUGCCAUCAAACACCGGGCUAG